AAGUUUUUUCGCGCCACAAAAUACAGUGAUCUCGAUAGCUUUUCCCCAAUCUCUCCCUCCAAAUCCUCUCACUCUCUCCCUCUCCCUCUCCCCCUCUCAGACAGACAGACAUGGAACAAGCGAAUCAACGAAGCCAUAGCUACUCAAAGAAACGGAAAGAACCGUCUGCCCCUGAAAACCCUUUCAGGGGAAUCUUCACCCGCAGCCGAUCACAGAUCUACCUCCACUGCAAUCGCUCCGGCAGGUUCCGGUCCGAUUCUUCUUGCCAUGGAACCCAAUAUUCAGAUCUCUUCUGUUUGUUAGCUCUCAACAAAAAACGCAGAACAGCUCCCUGGAGCUCAGUCAAAGAUCUCCGCCCCAGCAGGGUUUCUUCCACGGGUGAAGAAAAUGAGGAUGUAAAGGUUUUUGAGGGGAAGAUUGAAGGAUUUGGAGAUGGGGUUUCUCGCAGUGCCGUGGAUUUGCAACCUAAGACUUCCAAUUCUGACUGCUUUGGCAAAGAUGGUUCGAUUGGAAAGGUUUUCGAUGAUUUGAAAGCGAUUGGGGAUAUUGGGGAAGUUGAAAUGGAGCAACAAGAAAAUAUUGAAGAUAGAUCUGUUGCUACAACGCCUCCUGAUGCUGAGAUCUUACGCAACAAAGUGGAAUAUGAAUCACACAAUACGGAACAUGUGCAUAGAAGCAACACUCAGAAUGAUGGGCACGGUGAAGAGGUUUUCGGUGGCGCUAAUGACAAGCAAAAUAGAGUUGAUGGGCCGGUGAAAUCAAUUCUUACUCGGGGUGUUCGGGGGAAACUGUUCAAAACUCCGGGCUCAUUCAGCUAUAGAAGACUACUACCUUACUUGAUGGAUAUCUCAAAAGAUAAACCCAGUGUUCAGAAAAUAGGACAGUCGGCUAGAAUCGAGAGUGGUCUAGAACAAAAACUCUUUCAGCCUGUGUCUGCUUCCCAAUCUCAAGUGAUUAAAGAAAAACCAAACCCUGAGAAUUCACCUGGAGAGAGUUGUGCUGAUGAUUUGCAUGGUAAUGAGUCACAAUCAAUAUCUCUUUUAGGCAUCACUGAAUCUUCAAUUCCAAACGGUUCAACCAUUGAUCUUUCUGACAAUGCUGGGAUCGAGAAAGUCAAUGCAGGAGUUCCUAGUGAAAUUCUUAACUCUGAUAACUCAAGCAUUGGUUCCCCUGUAGCAUUGAAAAACACCAAUUUAGACAGGUGUGAUGAAAAUAGUGUGAAAUCUGAUGAUACCAAGCUUAUGGAGACUCGAAAGUCUGAGUCACAUGAUAAUAAUUUUGCUUGCAAAACUCAAAAUUUAGAUCAUAUGGACAGUAGUCAGUCAAGCGAAGGUGGAGAUGUCAGAGACUAUUUUGAUGAUGCAAAGCAAUCUGACGGGUCUAGAGUUAUUAAGAAACAUGAUUGUGGAGCUCAGAAUCAGUGUCAUCCGGUGUCUAAUGCACAAGGGGAUGACAAGUUGAGGGGUGGCUGUGAUGGCGAUGGUAGCAUAUUAGAUCAAAUUGGGCGUUCAAAUAAACAGAUUUUCCAGACGACACCUCCAGGUGAUGGUGUCUCUCUUCAAUCAGAGUCAGAAAAUCAUGUUUUUGGGAAUCCAUUGACUAGAAAUAUUCACUGCAAAAAUGUUUCGGUUCAGGAUUCCAGAAUCAGCUCCAGUCCUAAGUGCAAAAUGAUUAAGAUGUUUGAGGUUCGAAGCUCAUUCAACUACAGAAGAUUGCUUCCGUUUCUGACAAACAUUAUUGAAGAUGAAUCUGGUGCUUGCAGAGGUGGUACAAAAGUAGAGAAGAUUUCAGAACAAAAUCCACUCCCAAAAUAUUCAGCUUCUAAUUCUGAUGAAACGACCAAUGAAGAAUCUACUGGUGCUAGUGUUCUUCAAAUGCCCAGGUUAAGUGACGGCAUUUGUUCAUCUAUCAAUCAUCAGUCUGCGUUACCAUUUCCUGAGCAGGUUAUGAAAUCCUCAAGUACUAUCGAGUCACAAAGGGAACCAAAUUUGCAAGUUAAGGAAACGACAUCAAAUGCAAAUAAGAAGCUGGAGCCUGUGUCUGAUAAUGCAGAUGUAACUCAUGGAUGUGGCAUUCCAUCCAUUAGACGAUACUCCUUUUCCAGUCAGGAAUCCAUGUCUAAAGAAGCAACUAGCAUGGUACUAAAUCAGUCAUCACUUAGCUCUGAAAUUGACUGCAUGAAAUGCAUAACGAAAUAUACUAGUGGUGGAAAGCGAGUUAAAUUUAGCAGCAUUUCUCAGAAGUUUUCGCAAAUUGAAGCCUCCGUUCCUUUAGGAGUUCCUUCUCUCCCCAUCAGAAAGGGUAUUCUUAAAAGAAAUCCAAGAGGAUGCAGAGGGAUCUGCACUUGUUUAAACUGUGCUGCCUUCCGCCUCAAUGCAAACAAAGCAUUUGAGUUUUCAAGAAAUCAGAUGCAAGAUGCAGAGGAAGUCACCCUAGAGUUGAUCAGGGAGCUAAAGCACCUGCGAAAUGUGCUGGAGAAAUCUGCUUUCUACACAGAUUAUAAUAGUGUUGCCAGUGCCAAUCAGGUUAAAGAAGCUUGCAGAAAUGCAUCUAAAGUGGAAGAGGUGGCAAUGAACCGCCUACGCCUAAUGAAUUAUGAACUGAAUGUACACUGCAGAAUCCCAUGCGAAAAGCGACCAAAGGUGAGAUUCGCCAACCAGGUUGAAGAAUUUCUUCUCGCAAAGUCAGAUUCCGAGCAAUAACCUUGGCGCGGUAAAGAAAAUGGUCAAAACACAGUGGAAGAGAAAUGUAGAAUUCUUGAUGUGAUCACAAUCACUCAGUCUUUAGUCAUGUUUGGCAUCAAAAACAAAUCUUUCUUUCCCACAUUGCAGGAGAAAGGAUUGCUCCUUGUGAUUUACUGAACUUGUUUGUUUGUUUCAGGUGACAAAGAGGAACAAAAAUAAUCUUAUAUAACAAUCUAUUAUGUUACAUGGUCUCUACUCCCUAGU